CACAGGAAAUGCACCCAAUCACAACUUCCACCCAUGUGUAUGGUGGGAGCACAGGGGUAGAAGCAGGGUUGGCGAAAACGCUCCAAACCUGAAAUCUCAGAAUUUGCCACGAAAUUACAUGAACCAACAUCGCACAUUUAAAAGUGUUUUAUCAGACGUGUUUGUUUGGUAGUCGGGAUGGCGGAGGUCGUGCAGCGGCGAAUAGAGGAGCGAAUCCCUGAACUGGAGCAGCUGGAGAGAGUGGGGCUCUUCACUAAAAAAGAAGUCAAAUCAUUAAUUAAAAGAGUAACUGCCUUGGAAUAUAAACUCCAUAGACUGAUCGUAAACAAAGAGGACUUCAUUGCUUACAUCCAGUAUGAAAUUAACGUUUUGGAGCUUAUCAAGAAGAGGAGAGUUCAUAUUCGCUACAAUUUCAAAAGAGAAGAAAUAGAGUUUCCCAUCAUCAGCCGAAUCAACGGUAUUUUCAAAAGAGCAACAAAUAAAUGGAAGAAUGAUGUACAGCUAUGGCUGUCACAUGUAGCUUUCUGUAAGAAAUGGGGAACUAAAGCUCGAACCAGCAAGGUGUUUUCAGCCAUGCUUGCUAUCCAUCCUGACAAACCAGCACUGUGGAUCAUGGCUGCCAAAAGUGAGCUGGAGGAUCGUGAUUCUUCUGAAAGUGCCAGACAUCUCUUCCUUAGGGCAUUGCGCUUUCACCCAGAUAACAAGAAGGUGUACCAAGAGUACUUCCGCAUGGAGCUGCUGCACUGUGAAAAGCUGAGGAAGCAGAAGGAAGAGCUGGAAAAAGCCAAGAUGGACUUGGGUGAUUAUGAGUUCUCACCUGAAAUCCUGAAUGGUAAAUUAGCUGAAGUUGUGUACAAAGAUGCCACAGGAAAAAUUAAAGAGGCAGAGUUUGUCAUCUCACUUCUAAAUAUUGCAGCAAUUUUUAAUUUCACUAAAGAACUCCAGGACUCAAUUUUUCAAGACUUACAGACUAAUUACACUGGUGACAGUGUGACUUGGGAUUUCAUGGCAAAGAGAGAGUUAGAAGCUCCUGGGGCAGGGGAGGAACUUCUGUCUGCUAAAGGACGGGCCUCAGACAUAAACCGCAGAGAAGAACGCUGCUGCCAAGUCUAUGAGGAAGGAAUAAAGAAUCUAAACACAGAGCCUAUGUGGACCUGCUAUGUGUCAUUCUGCUUGGAAAGACAAAAAAGGAAAACAAAUGUCCAGGAACUGAAAGAAAAGAGGCAAGAGAGACUGAUGGAUGUACUGCAGCGUGCCCACAACUGUCAAAUGUUGAAAGAAAAUUACUACAAAAACUGGCUGCAGAUACUUCUUUCAAACGGAGACACUGAGGGAGCGGCCAGUGUUGCCAUGGCAGCAACACAGCAGUUUAGCCAAUCAGUGCCGAUGUGGAGCUUGAGUCUUCAGACACUAAUGCAGCUCGGAAGCAGGAAUGUGGACAAGCUUUUCCAGGAAGCACUCACAAAGGUUAAUCCUAAGGAGAGUCUGCCUCUGUGGCAGCUGCAGGUUCAGUGGAGUGUGGCCAACCAGGACCCUGAAGAGACUGAAACUGUUUUCAAGCGCGGCCUUUUGUCCACUGUACCGACUGUUGCCAUGGAAAUGAAAGACCGCUUUCUUGAUUGGUCUUACUCCACUGGGGGCUAUAAGAAAGCAAGGAAAACCUUUACCAGCUUACAAGAAAUCCGCCCCUUGUCCAGAACUUUCUUCACCAGAAUGAUUGAAAUAGAGAAAGAGCAAGAAACGCCUAAAAUAAACUAUUUAAGAGACUAUUUUGAGAGAGCCCUCCAAGAGUUUGGCACUUCAGAUGAUGAUCUCUGGCUGCAGUACAUUCAGGAGGAGCUGGGACCACUGGGGCAGCCGGAGAACUGUGGCAAGAUCCACUGGAGAGCCAUGAAGAUCCUGGAGGGAGAAAGUGUGGAACGAUUUACUUCAAAGUACACUUUAAUACAGACUGGACACUUGUAACAUCCAAUCAAUAAAAUGGUUUACAGUUAGAAUUAUAAGUUUGCAGUUUGUAAGUUCAUGUGAAUAUUUGUUUGAUAUUUUAAAACACAUUUUCAUAGUUUUUGCUUUGAACCACAGAAUUUGCAUCUUAAUAGUUUUAAUGCAAUCUAUUUUACUAUUUUAAUACUUGUUCUGCAUAUAGGGAAACAAUAAAUGAAUUCACAACCAUAUAA